CGGAGUCUCUUCCCUGUACGACUAUUCUAAGGGCGGUUACAGUUAACUAAAAAUCGCGAUUUUAAAAAUGUAUUCACCCAAAUAACAAAACUGAACACGAGUAGAAAAGUCAGAAAAUAGUGUUGCAUUUGGAGGAAGGAAAUAUGUAUAAUUCAGAAGGAGCGAUGCCUGGAGAAUCUACUUUGUCUGAUACAGCUAUUCCCAUUCCGAUUCAAAUUUUCCUAUGGCGUCAAGUAGGGCCAUUUGUGAAACCGAAACUGGGAAAACACCAUGAAGCAUCUUGCACGUCUUGUCAGCAUGCAAUCACAGGACAUCAUGAGUUAAAAGAAGCUUGUAAAAACUUCGAAAAAGUGCUGGUACAAAAUCUCUUCCCCGGUUUUAAAAAAGAUUUUACUGAUGCUGUAAAGACGAUCCCAAGGUGGCGAUUAAUCCAGGCUGCUUUACCUCAUGUGAUGCACUCCGUUCAAUCGGUCUUGUAUAACAGAAUGAAGGAUGGAAAUCUGCAGAGCUUGGGGGCUUUGGAAACAAAGUUGCUCUAUACGUUGCAUUGGAUUCUACUGGAUGCGGCCGAAGAAUGUGCCGAUACUGACUAUGAAAAGGAUUUGUAUCACUAUUCGCACUUUCACUAUUUGUUCUCGAUCCCCACAAUAACGCUGUUUGUUUAUUUGUUUGCGCCGCUUUGCAACAACCUGAAAGAGUCGGAUUUUCAAAAUUUUCGCUUGGAGAAUGGUUUGAAAAUAUGGCAGCCGAUGUGGGAGUUUCGCCAUCCAGAAGCGUCCUGCUUCAUUUCGCAUUGCAAGCCGAAGCCUAAGUUUUUCCAUGGGAAAAGCGCCAAAUGGAAAGCACAGUUUGAGGACGUUUUUACCGGACGUAAACACUCCCAAGGAGAGUCAGCAACAACAGGACGAGAUAGUCCCAGUUUGAGCCAGCCGGUAAGUGCAUCCAGCUCAGAACAGCAACAUAUUCCACCUACGCCCAUUACUGUUGUAACAGCUACCAUUACUUCGAAAUGUGACGAAGAAACUGGUUGGGUCUCUUCACCUAAGGACACGGUUUUCCCUGAAACCAUACCAGAAGAAAGUUCCAGCACUGAAGAAGAGCAUGUGGUCAUCUUCAGCUUGCCACCUUUGAACGAGUCUGAUGGUCUCCUCAAGGACCCUUCAAUUUACACUGCAGAAACCAGCUUGAUUCAACUAGCCAUGAGACGAAGUGGACGCACAAACAAUACAAAUAAAUCCGGGGAUCAUGGAACUCAACCGCCUUCUGCAGCUCCUCUUGAGCAGAAAAGUUCAAGACCACCCAUGCAGAAAGUGGGUUCAUCAACCGACAAAGAUUCAGUGGAAAGUGGAGAGAAAAAGCCCGAACAACCCGAAAUGAAUGCGAAAUUUGGCUCCCAUCACAUUAUGGACUUGACCGCUGCCACCUUCUUAGACGUGGGUGUUUUGCGGUGUCUUUUUAUCACCCAUUGGCAGGAGGAAGGCAUCUAUUGGGCUUUACAUUUUCUCUACAACAGACUGAGAGACAUAAGUGAGGAAAACGCCGCUCAACAUCAGCCAAGGAAGCGAAGCAACUCUCUUCCCAUUCCCAAAAUUGAGGUGUCAUUUUAUCAAAGCACCGACAGCAAAAAGGUGGAAAACAAAGAUUUUAUUGAGGUGCCCGAACCAAAAGAUGUUUCACUAUUAGCGGAAUCUCCUUACAUUGUUCACAAACCGGCUUCAGAUGAAUCGUUACACAAACGCACUGCCAGUGAAAAAUGUAGAAAGCGCAUGAAAAUUGCCGAUUUGAAAGCGUUUGUCGAAACUAAACUACUAUCUAAAUCCGAUAAGGCUUUGGAAAAAAUCGGACAGGAUGAUCCAAAGCCAUUGGAUCAAUGCCAACCGGUGCGUUUCCAGAAUAUUGCCAAACGAAUUCUGGAUGAUUAUCAUCGUAGCUUAGACACAAGCGAAGAAAUGACGAGAAAAAGCUCUGGAUUGUCGAAGCCGUUUGAGCCCAUACUUAGCAACUUAGUGAAAGGAAAAAGCAUGCCAAGUCUUAGCUGUUUGAUUGACGAAAUCAAUUCCGAAGGAUUCCUCGAGGACAACAGAUGGGACAUCAGAAGACCAAGCAAGGCAGUUCAGGCUCUGCCAAUGGCAAACCCGAUCAUCACAGUAACCGAGCAUACUCCCACUCCUUCGCCUGAUUACCUCAGAAGACAAGGCUCGAUUGAUAGUCAAAUAGAUGGAGCAAGUCUUUCCGGCCAAUUAGGACGUUGGCAACAAGACCGGAAAUCCAGCCUCACCAGAUCCCAAACUGACUCCAACAUCACCUACACUAGUGAGGAUAUUCCAGAGGCUCCAGGCUCGAUUUGUUACAUCACCAAAGAUGGGGACAUCGAUUUUUAUGUGGUUUUAAAAGCCGUGUAUCGGACUUCAAUGAGGGAAAGCUCCUCCUGCACUUUGCGGGUGUUGGAAGUAAUAUUAAACCUUCUGGAGCUUUUGAUCGAUAUGGGAAUUCUUAAGCAGACUUCUCGGGAGGAGUCGCAAACGAGCCCCACACAAAACGACGGCGAAACUUCGAAAAAAUCAGAUAAAGAAAAAAUUCCAACUAGCGCCACUCAUACAUCGUUUGGAGGCGAAAGUUUCACAACUGAUCAAAAUAUGUCGCCUCACAAACUCGCCAUGAACACGGUCGUAAGGGUUUUAAAGCAUUUAGGAUGUCCGCACGGAUGUGCGGAUGGUCAAAGAGGACCAGCAGCCGAGUUCCUCAGAACGCAAUGCCAGAACAUACUCACACGGCUCGACAAAUCGAGCCAAAAACAGUUCAAGAAAUUCUUGAGAGACUAUGUAAAAGUGCAACCCAUCACGGAACUGAUGGAUGUUUUGCACGCUUAUCUGGGCUAUUGCGUGGAUCCCACAUCAUUACUCUCACCCUUAACCGUAGGUGGUGCUGGAGGAAUACGGGGCGUUGAAGGGCAUGUUAUUAACCACUGCUUCAAGCCUUUGGUGUCUCGGUUUGUGGAUGCUUUGAAAGAGAUCCGGGCUCCAGAAAAUAUCGGUUUAUUUUGCGAAAUCCGGCAGCUGAUGACAUAUGUGAAAGAGGGACAUGGCGGGGCUUUUCGUAGGGUGGCUCUGAGCGCUCUUAUUGAUACUGCUGAGCGAAACAGCAAAAACGAAGGGCGCGUACAAACUACAAGAGUUAUCCGACACAUGCAUCAAUCAGCAACCAAUGUGGAUGAGAACGAUCCUGAUCCCCAAGGCGAAACUUCCUACGCAAUCGAUGAUAAAGGCGUAGUCAGGAAGCUGCUGUUCAAGAAAAGAAGUACUUCAUCUACUUGUCCGAGCUUGCUGGAAACCGACACCGAUGAUAUAUCCCGAUCAAACCAAAGCCCUCUGGGGAAUCUGAGGAAGAAACAUCACAUUCUCACCCCCAGACAAAGCGAGAAAGCUCUUGGCAUUGCCCUAGAAAGUAUUACCAUUAAAGCGCCGAAAAGAUCUAAAAUGGGGUCUUUAACUAACUGGUUUAAGAAAGGGGACUCACAGUCGGUUGAUGAUGGCGAUCUGCCGGAUAAUGGAGACAGUUUUAACGACUCAGCCAGCUUCAUCAGACAACCAUCGAAGUACUACCAGCACAAGGGAUCAGGGAAGAGUCAUGUUAGUCACACUUUGCAAAAAGCCAAACGAAGACUGGAUGACAAACUAAAAUUUUUGAAGAAAGGCAAGAAAAAAGACGGAAGUUUGGAGGAUUCUGGUGGUGGAAGUAAAUAUUUCAGUAGGAAAAAUUCACUAGACUUUGGUGAUAAUUCAAGAGAAUCAGAAGUCGUCUUUCUGAAAGAAAGAAAGCUAAUUCCAACUGGGCUGGUUUAUAAUGGCACACAGCGUUUGUCCUUCUUAAUGGAAACUUGCCCACCCGGGACAGUUCCAGACGCUUUUCUACUGGCAUCCUCUUUGGACUUGGCCCAUUCGGCGGUGGUGGCAAGAGCAGCUUUAUUAUUAGAGUGUGCACAUUUUGUUCACUGUUGCAAUAAAGGUCAGUGGCCAACAUCAAUGAAACUGGCCUUUCCAAUGUAUCGACCUUCCGGUCCAUUACCAGCCAGGGGUUCUUCAAAUGCAGGUGGUAAUCGAAGAUCGCAUGUUCUUCAACGGGCUGCCGGAAAAAUGUUUCAUCAAUGGGCCGAAGUGAUCAGCCAUCGAUUAGAAGAGAUGAUAGCUGAAGAUCAGCAAUUGCAAACGGAGAUCAAUGCCAUGGUCUCGGACCCAGACAAGCAGAAAGAGCUGCAAAUUCAAGAUGAGGAAGAAGAUUAUUUGGACGAGGCGAGCAUUUACACCUACGGCUCAAACUGCCCCAUGCCUUUGCGUCUAAUUGCCUGCGUGCUGCUUCAAGAAAUAACCGCAUUUCUUCGCGAAACGUAUCAAAAUCUCCCCAAGUCUUCCAGAAUUGGAGGCAAAGAAAGACCUCCACCAUGGGAAAAGUUUUACAGUAAAGAGGCAAACCGCAGAUGGAGCAUGGCGUUAUCUUCAAUGGGGCAUUCGCAAACCUCCGCCCAGAGUUUACAAAGUAUUGCCGGAGACCGAGAUGCAGCAUUAGGCCAGGCGGAACGAAAAAUAAGUUUUGUUCUUCAUGAGCCGGAUGAGUCCGAAGCCAGUAGUAACACUACUGUAACAAUGCAGACCGGUAAUAACCCAGAAGAAGGGAAAAAGAAUCAAGGUCGCCCUUAUCUGCUCCGAAGGGGAACAGCAGCAACUAGCGGAGAGUGAUACUUCUGAGCCGGGAGUGGCUGGGGAAGUGAGUGGAGAAGAAUCACCGGGAGUGUUAAGUGAUGAUCAGCCACCGGAAAGUCCAAGCGAUAGCAAUGAAAGCGACGAUACAACAAAGAACAUGCCAUGGCUCAAGGUAAUGGUACAAAUUUCGAAUAACAUGUACUUCUUCUGCAAUCAUCAAAACUUCUGCCAUCCAUUCUGCCACCGACGGGUGAUGCGAGGAUGUUCUAGACUGGUAAAAGCCGUUCGUAAAGUGUACGGUGAAGAAUUCGGCAUUAUUGAUGAUAAAUUUGCCAACGAAGCAGACGUGAAGAAGAAGAGCAAUAAGAAGGAUAAAAAUAACAGAAAAGUGUCCGAUCAAACUAGCUCCCAAGUCAGCCCCAUUAGGCGGAAGGACAGCAUGGGAAAAAAAGAUAGGAUUGAUAAAACCUUCAAUGGAUCCCAAGCGAGUAAACUCGCAUCAAAAGAUUCAUCACGCGAUAUUGCAGACUCGGAUGGUGGAAACGGUUCAUCUAAAACUAUCGAUGAUAGCAAACCUUUGGAAUCACCCCCCAUCUUGAAAUACAUCCAAACCCAAAUUAAGGACGGUUUCCAUGCGCCCUUGGCCGCUCUGCUUAAAGGUGCUGUGAUUCUUACAGAAGAGAAUUUUGCCGAUCUGAUUCCAGUCGUCUGGGAAUUGUUGCUAGAAAUGAACCAGGAAGUUUCAGCAGCAGCUGCCUCUUUGUUUAUUCUAGGCUCAGUUAAGGCCCCGUCUCAUGUAACGGAAAUUAUGCAACAUGGACUAUCUAAUAGCGAUCCUGUUGUGAGAAUAAACGCGAUUUUAAGAUUUCAAGUGUUGUGGAAAAUGCGGUUUCAAGUGUGGCCUCGAAUGGAGGAAAAUGCCCAUGCUUUGUUCAAAAUUCCUCCACCAGGCAUCGAAUUCACGCUUCCAUCCCCCAAGAUCGGAAUAGAGUGUCUGGAUGUGGUUGAUUCUCCUUGGGAAUUGCUGGUUAAAACCAAAGUAGAAGAAGUUACGAUUAAUCAGGAAAGACAUAGGUCCUUGGUAACUGCUACUAAAACAAGAAAAAAACAACAAACUGAACUGAUUAAAAUGGCCCUACAGGCUCAAGUCGAUAAGAAAAGGGAGGAACGAGAGAAUUUUCUCAUCACCACAAUUCCGAUCACAAUGCAGGCCGCGCACGAGCCCAGUCUUUAUCAUACCACUGGCGAGGAACACCCUGAAGAUGGAGACAAUGAGGAUAAUGAGGGAACUCAAACUCGUAGUACUGGCCAUCAUCUACAUUCCGCUCAUUCCUUAUUCCCUUCCUGCUUAUGUUCAGCUGUGGUAUCCAUCAUAAACCUUCUGGACGAUGCUGCAGUUUCUGCAGAUGGAUGUGCAGUCUACGAAGUAGCUUACUCGGUUAUCUGGACAUGUCUGGUUGAAGACAGUGCCCUCUUUCUCAGGUAUGUGUUAGAAAGACUGACGAGAGACAAACAAGAAGAAAUGUUCAAAAUUCUUCGACAUCUCAUACGAUUCAUUCCCAAAUUGCCCCAGCAGGCAGCUUUUGCCUUGUACAAUUACAUCAUAGGGUAUGUAAUGUUCUAUGUUAGAAGCCCACAUGAAGAGGGCCAGAAGUUAAUAGGCUCCGCCUUAUCUCUUUUGUGGAUGGUUGUGCACAGCGUUCACGGCAUAAUGUUCAAAGACUUGAAGCAAAUAUUGAGAAAAGAGCAAUGCGAUGCUUCUAUUCUAUUAACAGCCAACGUGCCUUCUGCCAAAAAGAUCAUCGUGCAUGGGCCGCAAGAUCCAGAUGCUUGCGGAAUACCUUCACAAUUCCCCGUGCAAGAAGACACGCAGUUUUGCCAGAUUCUGCAUGAAGCUCUGGAUUUUUUCGGCAUUGAAGAUGAGAAGCAGGAUGAAUAUUUUUUGGUCGAUUACAAAACACAUCAAAUCCGGAAUCCGUCCGCUUAUGUGAGAGAUUACUACUUCUUUAAACGAUCCCAGUACCCGCAGUUAGAACUGGUUCAUAUGGAGCCUGACAAGGCAUUCCAUGCCUUGCAGAAGCAAGAGCUGGUUCACAAGUUUGUCGAAAGCGGAAAAGUAUUGCUGACUUGGGCAAUAUUGAAAAACGUUGACAUGGUUGUACAACGGGUGGUGUUUCUUCACGAAGAGCUCAUGAAGCUUCCCUCAUUCCCCAGAAAAGCUUUAGAGUCCGACUUGGACCUUUACAAGGGAGGGUCGCUGGGCAAAGAGUUACUGGGCUUGGAUGUUUUGCAUAAGUUCAUGUGGGUCAGGCUGAUAGCUCGCAUGUUUGAAGCCAUGGCCGGGAACUUUGCCUAUUCCGGUGAUAUUCACUUAUUUGUGAACGUUCUGAACGGCGCCCUUAUUUUACACUCGGAGGACUCCUGCAUACUUCGCUAUGUUAUGGCAACGUACAUCAAUGCUGCGUUCCAUUUUAAAAAUAUUUUUUCAACCAACGGAUAUCUGCUAAUUAUGCCGACGCUGCUGAAAAUCUACUCCAAUCAUCAAACCAACAAGUUAGUGACCACCACUAUAGAAUAUGCGGUAAAGGAGUUUUACACCAUGAAUAGAAAACCCUUUAUUCUGCAAAUGUUCGGGUCGGUGUCUGCUAUGUUGGACACUGAUGAAGAAGGGACGUAUGGGAAUGCUCACAAAAUCCAGUCCAGUUGCUUAUUUAACUUGCUUUUAAGCUUGGAGACUCCUUCUCCAGACCCGCUAAACAUAGCCGAAUUGGUAAAGGAGCCUGUUCGCGCAAUAGAUUUUUGCUAUCACGACGAAGACAACGAUGUAACAGUGUUAGACUGUAUUUCCAUGUGCGUCAUGGUGGUUUCGUAUUCCGCAGAAAGUUGCAGAGGUUACCAGAUGUUGGUGAUUUUAGAAGCGAUUCUUCCCUACUACGUGGACAAAAUUCAGGAUUCCGUUUAUAUCGCAAACUCGAUCAAACGGUUCAAAAAGAACGAAAAAGACAUUAUUAAUCAACUCGCCAUUGCCAUUCGGUGUCUAAUCGAAAAUUGCGCCGAAUUAACCAAAUUCAGUUCGAAAAGAGUCUACAAUGGCCCUUAUAGAUCCAGCCCUGAACAUAAAGGUUCCAGCCAGCGGAACUACAAAGGGCCAUAUUCGCCAGGAUUCGAUUUCGAAGACGAUUCGCAUUCGAAAUUUAUGAGCGAGCACAGCAGGGCGAAAAGCAUGUACGAACACGAUACGGAAGACAGCGAAAUGUUGAGAGCGGAAUACAGAAGACCCAGGGAUGUGCUAUUAUCACUUGUCGGGGAGUUUGUUUUGAAAGUUAACGAACGAAUUGCAGAAAUACUGCGAAAAGAAGGCGAUGGAAAGGUCAUUGAAAUACUAGAUUGUCGAUCGCAUGUGAGACUGGCCGACAUUGCUCAUUCAUUGCUCAAAGUUUCUCCAUACGACCCCGAGUCUAUGGCAUGCAGAGGACUACAAUAUUACACGUCUUAUGUUCUUCCUUCAACUGAUUGGGGCGACGAUGUUAUGAGGCCCGCCUUUGUCACUCUUGUAAAACGAAUGGAAAAAGUGUUUGGAAAAAUCCAAAAGAAGGCAUCGAUUCGGAGAAACACUGAUUGGGAUGCUGCUGCUGGCUUGUUGAAAGGGAUCUACAACACGCUGCUUAAAUACCCGUAUAUAAUCAACUGGCAUCAAAUCAAGCAAUUGAUCAACGUUUGCCAAAGCUUAAUUGUCUCAGAAGUGUGCUCAGAAGGCGUCUCCGGAGCAACGGCUGCUCUUCUGAGCCAACCGCCUCCUCCCAGCUUUUGUUCCAUGGUGGUUCGACUCAUCGCGUUGCAAGUGCAGGAUGGUCAAGAUUUUUGCGGUUUGGAGCAUAUAGUUGGAGGCACAGUGGUCUCCACUCAGGAACGAAUCGAAAGCAUGAUUAUAAACCUAAUUAUGCCGUUGUGCUUAAGAGUUGGAAGCGGACGGAAAGAUGUGCCUCGAAUUAAACCUUCUGAUGUGAGUUUUGCCAUCAGUUUUGUUCUUUGCGCGAUAUGUCCGCCCGCCCAGCAGACAAGCACCCCGAAACCUUCGUCGGACGCAAAAAGUGGAAAUUCGCAGACUUUUUUCGGAACGAGAGAAACGAAAAGUCUGGAACGAAUAAAGGAUUCGCUCUAUCAAGUGGGAUUUUUGGCUCUGAAGAUGAUAACGAUUUGUUUCGAGGAAUAUUUGAUAAACGACUGGAUUAAAAUAUCGCGAUUUAUGCGGCUACUCGGCACGAAAAACGAAGCCAAUAGAUUCCUUUGGGAUUUUUUGGAAUUUGUGGUCACACACAGAACACCCUUGUACAUCUUGAUGCAACCAUUCAUAUUUCUAAAGCUGGCCAAUCCUCCAAUAUCCGAAUACGAACGGAACGUGCAUCAAACAAUCAAAAACAAAAUUCGCAGUAUUGGAUUACCGCUACCAAUGAGCAAAGGGGCCUUGUUGAUGGAGCUGGCCAAUCAAAUGAAACAGCUGAAGGAAGAACUUUCUGAAUCCACUGAAUCUGAAGACUCCAAGAAGGAAAACCCGCAAACAACAACCAUUCAAAUGACGAGUGAAACCACGCAACGAAGCCAACGGCAAUCGCUGAUUGGAUUGUUGACUGGGGAGUUGCAUCAUCAAAAAAGUUCCACACACGAACACCUACAACAGCAUUUAAAAGGCUCUUCUACAAGUACAAGUCACGCCUCGACGCCGGUGCAGCAAACAACUGCACCGCAAGAAGAAAUAGGUUUAGAAACGGGGGGUUCUACCCCUAGUGCUGCCCAAGAUCGCUCCAUGUCACAACGGUCAUCAGGGAGCGAUGAUCACCCAACCCAACCACCUAACCACCAUCCACCACCCUCUUCUUCUCAUAAGACUACUCACAAACUGCGCUUUGUUUCUUCUGUAGAGUUUAGGCAUUCUUCAGGCGAAACAUCCAUUACACCGCUCAGCCCUUCAAGUCCAGUAGAAGAGGAAGAAGUGCAUCAAAAGUCCCGGUUACAGCGUAUGAUGCCCCAGAGCAGGAAAACCUUCAGGCUCAGGAGCAAAAGCCGAAAUAAGAGAUCCUGCGAAUUGGCUCAUCUCAAACUGGAAUCGGAAGCAUCUUCGCCUCCAGGCUCGCAACCUCUUUCUCCAGCAGCUCAGCAAAGUCCGGCGCAAGUUUUUUCCAGCAGUCUCCACUCUGAGUCGAAUACGCCAUAUUCUCCUCUGUACACCGAAUCUUCAAAACCUCCGUCAGUUCCACAAUCCCCACUUGUUCAAACGCCUGGUAUGCCGUCUCAUGUUCCUCUGAUUGGACAAUUCAGCAACCAAUCCACUACGUCCCAUGACAGUCAAAAGAUGAGUUAUCAGUCAGGGGGGUUCUCCGCGUUGGAUCCCCAUAGACUUCGUAUCGCGACCAGAGGAAAAAGUGCUGAAGGAUCGUGGGAUGAAGACUCCGCUAUUUCACAUACGUCUAGUACUUCAGGAUACAAGGAGUCGUAUCCAGUGAUGCACUUGAAAGAGACACUGGAAACCAGCCCCAAAUUGUUCCCUCCAUUAGCGUCUCCUGACUUGCAUUCUUUGCCUUCUACCAGCAGUGCGGCGACUAACAAUUUCCUGCUAAUCGACAACAGCUCCCCAGAUUGUUCUUUGAACGACAAUGGAGAAAAGACUGCUCUUCUGGAGAAAGAAGAGCAAUCUUCGUCCAAGGAUUCACUACUUAUGUUGUUCGAUCAGGAUGCUCAAGACGAAACCACUUUAAUUUAAAACAGAUUAGGGAAACCGAAAUGCGAAAGUUAUGGUGUAAUGCGUAGGGAAUAGGAAUGAUAUUUUGGACAUUAUUUUAUUUCUCCUAUUUUAUAACUAGAUACUUCCAUGAAAUGCUAGAGAGCGUUAAUUUGUUAGAAAAUAUAAAAUGUAAUCGUAAAAAAUGUCUUAGAUUUAGAACGUCCACUUUACUGGUUCUCGAUGUUAUCUAGAAUAAUGAUCGCCAAAUAAAAACAAUUAAAACUUU